AGCUUUCCGGCGAAUAUCGAUUCCGAAACAUUGUUCUGUUUCCUCCGCGGAAUGUACUCCAGCUGAUCGAUUCCCGGUUGAGGCAGUCGAAAGCUCAACCACCAUAGCCUACAGUAACACUAACAAACACUUUUCGUUUUCGUCCUGAAGAGGCCAAACUCGAAAACGUAGCGCGGAAGCUGGACAUAGUGUACAGUGAAGUGGGGUUUUAGAGCUUUUUCGUAAACUCGGAAGAUGGCCGGAGCCGAUUCGAAAUGGCAGAAGGAUGCUGCCGAUCAAAACUUUGAUUACAUGUUCAAACUUCUUAUCAUCGGGAACAGUUCAGUCGGGAAGACGUCUUUCUUGUUUCGAUAUGCUGAUGAUAGUUUCACAUCGGCCUUCGUCAGUACGGUUGGUAUCGAUUUCAAAGUCAAAACCGUCUUCAGGCACGACAAACGCGUCAAGCUCCAGAUAUGGGACACCGCCGGUCAGGAGAGGUACCGGACAAUCACGACAGCGUACUACAGAGGAGCUAUGGGUUUCAUACUCAUGUAUGACAUCACGAACGAAGAGUCUUUCAACAGUGUGCAAGACUGGGUAACUCAGAUCAAGACGUACUCCUGGGACAACGCUCAAGUAAUCCUCGUGGGCAACAAAUGCGACAUGGAGGACGAACGAGUAAUAAGUUUCGAACGAGGCAAGCAAUUAGCCGAACAACUUGGCGUAGAAUUCUUCGAAACAAGCGCAAAAGAGAACAUUAACGUUAAGGCUGUUUUCGAGCGACUCGUCGACAUCAUCUGCGACAAAAUGUCUGACAGUUUAGAUACAGACCCCACCCUGAUGAGCGGGGGCGCGAAAGGGCAACGUCUCACGGAUGCGCCCCAAGGGCCUCAAGCCGCUAACUGCAACUGCUAAUAAUCUGAACGUUCCAACAUUAAAAAUUACUAUAGCUGUAUGGACAAAAACACUUACCUGUUGAUAUAACUUCGACCAGGAUGUACGAAAUUUGACUUAUUUAUAAUUUAGUUUAAUUGAGACUGACAAUACGCAUGCGUAUGUAUACUGCAGAACUAUGUUGCUAUACUGGGUGUUGCAUGCGUGUGUAAUUUUUAUAAUAAGGGGACGCAGGAUGGAACCCGGAGAGGUUGCGUCCUGUCGUCUCGUUUCGCAUUUUUAACAUUUGAAGGAACAUUUAUGCAUUUUAUAAUUUUUGAAGUUACUCAAAAUAAUGUCAAUAUUAGCAAAACGUAGAUUAGAGAUGGAAAGGUACCCUUGAUGGAGUUAUUUUGAGUUUUUUGCUAUGGUUUUCGUUCCGACUUGGUUUAGACAGAGUGUCGAAAGUGUGUCAUUAGAGUAGACCACUCUGUAAACAAACAGGGUUCACGCGAUUGUGCCACUUUAUACGUUGCAGGUAAACUACGCUUUAUCCCCAUGUUGCCAACUGUGAAAGAAAGGCGUAAUUUGCAGCCCCGACACAACCCUGAGUGUUAAAUUUAUGUAAGAGACGUAUCAUAUCUUUGGCCUAAAACGGCAUUUGUUUUAGACUACGUGUUGUGUUAUUCUAGGAGUGGGAGGUAGAGGAAGCUUAAAACCAAAAUGCGUCUGUAGUUAACCUACGUUACUAAUUAAAGACAACAGAAUAAAUGUGAACUUGUAAAUAUAGAAAUUGUAUGUUCGCUGUUACGUUUAGAGAUUGAUUUUUUAUUUUGUUACAUUGUUAAGGAUCUGUUAAUAGUCGCUUUCAUCUAGCGUAAGUUUUUUUUCAAGGUCGCAAGGUAUAGCUCGAUGAUCAACAAGAGGUGUCCAAUUUCAUCUUGACUCUCAGUAGAGAGAUACAGGUCGCCUUCCCCCAAACCUUUAAUCGAUGUAAAGAGAUAAUCAGUAAUCACGUUGACUACAUUUAUAAAUUCCAUGUCUUCUGGUCAAUGUCUCAAAUUGAACUUUCCUAAGCUUCAGCUGGACCUUUUUCAAAACAACUUACGUCAUUCAGUAUAGAUGUUAUUAAUGUUUUGCGAUUAAUCGACGAUUUUUCUCCAGCUGAAGUCGUUUCUAUAAAUCUGUGCCUCACUUAACAAUGGAUGGGUUCAGAUUCAAGCCAGACGAAGAAUGGGUGUCUGAGGAUCGCACAUUUUCUAGACCUGCUCCAAGCUUUUGGAAUUUUUACCAAUUCUAGAGGCUUCCAGCGGGCGCUCAUUGUUAUGUUAAAUGGAUUGUACAAUAUUAAACAUUAUUUUGUGAAUUAGUGUAUAAUAAAAUAGUGUAUAUGCCUGAA